CUCUUUGUCCUUGGCCAUUGUGUUUUUCCUCCUGAUUCAUGUGAUGGUUACACAAAUAUAACUGAUACAUGGCGCAACUACUUGUUUUCAUCAACUUCGAUGCCCGGCUUCCCAAAGGAUGAUGCACUUCUUACUUCAAAGUGGUUGCGCUUCACAGGAAUUGGUGGAGACAGAAUUGUAGCAAGCUGCCUUGAAAUCAAUCGUGCUGGUAGCUACUACACUGUUUAUUUGGGGUUUUCAUAUCCAACAACUGAAUCUGUAACUCCAGCAACAGGGACUGCAUAUGCUAAUGCUAUAAACUGCUAUUAUUAUUCUAUGAUAAUCAGCGUGGCCCUCUGCCCUGGAGGAUUCUACAUAUACAACCCAGCGUCUCACCCACACGCCAAUUUGGUUUUUGCAACUUAUCAUUAUGAAUGUAACCCAGACUCCUGUGGACCACUUGCUGAGUGUUCAGGCAGUGGAGGCUGUAUUUGUGUUUCUGGGUAUAGAAUCCCUUCAGGAUACCUACCCACUCCAGAGUCAUAUGGUUGUGUUGACAUAGAUGAGUGCAAGGAGACUGCAGGAAUUUGCGGUCCAUACUCCAAUUGUACCAACACCCCUGGAUCAUAUCUCUGUGCCUGUCUGGUUGGAUUCAAGGCAACAGAUCCAGUAUCACGACCUGGAAGCUCCAACAUAUGCAUAGAUAUGGAUGAGUGUCUUGACAAUGUCUGUGGUGAUGGUGGGACCUGUCUCAACAACAUAGGAAGUUUUGUGUGUAACUGUCAUGAAGGUUACCAGCUUUUACCUGAUGCAACUCCUCUUUGCCAAGAUAUUGAUGAGUGUUUCAAUUCCACCGUGUGUGGCCCUGAAUCUAUUUGCACCAACACACCUGGAGCUUAUACCUGUGCAUGUCAACUGGGAUUCUCACCGACUAAACCGGACCAGGAGCCCAGCGAGACCAACAUCUGUAUUGAUGUUGAUGAGUGUGUCAUAUAUACUACCAUCUGUGGUCCUGAUGCCAACUGCACAAACUCAUACGGAUCUUACACCUGCACCUGCUUGUCUGGUUAUCGGCUGAACAACCCAGGCGUGAUAGCCAGCAUUACUAACCCUUGCACAGAUAUAGAUGAGUGCAGUGAGACACCUGGUAUAUGUGGUAAACUAACUGUGUGCACUAAUGUACCGGGGAAAUUCUAUUGUUCUUGUCCUGAUGGAUUCUUCCCUUCAACUGGAGUCGUGUGGGAGAUGGGCGUCUCAUUUUGUCAAAGGAUUCAAGAUAUUCUAGAUGCAAUAAAACCCCCAAAGGGUCAGACAAAAGAAAGAGCUUUCCUUGGCAAUAUGGAUGAACAACUUCAGAACAACACAGGUGUCGUCUUACCACAAGCGACAGUGACAAACAGCUUUUCUGCAUCUAUGGAAGUGUCAGGUGUUGGACCACGUGCCAGGUCGAUCACGGUGAGUAGUGAAGGGGAUGGGGAGACUGGCAGUGUAAUCCUGGACAUCUCAGACCGUCUAGUUGCUGCAAUGGUGCCACAAACUCAGAACCAAACCAGAAUAGCAGUGCAAACUCCAACAGUGGAUUUGAGCCUACAUGCCAUUGGCCCAGGGAGUCGUGAUGACAACAAUGUCGCACUUUCUGCCAAAGGACAGACCAUGGAAAUCAACUUGCAGGCUCUAGCCAGCACCAACAAUGGCUCUGCAGCAGCUGCCUUUAUGACACUGAAUGGGAUGGAGAGUCUUCUUAGUCAUCAAUACUUUAAAACGGAGAACACGACAGAGAUGUUCUCGGAUGUUUUUACUGCAAUAAUACCGACAAUAAACACCACCAACCUCACCGAGCCUGUCAACUUUACCAUCCAACAUAAGAAAGUACCUGAAUCUGGAAUAGUGACUUGUGUGUACUGGAAAGAGCAAAGCAAAGAAGAGGCGAUGCAGUGGUCGGUAGAGGGCUGUUGGGUUGCAUUCUCCGAUGAAAACUACACAGUGUGCAGCUGCUCCCACCUUUCCACAUUUGCCCUCAUCAUGCAGAUUGGGGAGCCUCCACCAGAUAAUCCAUUCUUAGACUGGCUAAACCGAAUGUGUGUGAUUGUCGGACUGUUCUUCUUAGCUUUGGCUAUCUUCACCUUCAUCCUGUGUAGCUGGAACCCCAAGAUCAACAACACAGCCCGUCUUCACCUCUGCCUCAACCUCUUCUUCACCCAUCUGCUGCUGCUGUGGAAUGACAAAUAUGUUGAUCAAAAGCUGGCCUGCAAAGUCAUGGCAGGGCUUCUCCACUUCUUAGUUAUAGCAGGUUUUGUGUGGAUGCUGCUGGAGGCGCUCCAGCUCCACCUGUUGGUCCGGAGACUCUCUAAGGUGCAGGUCAUCCAGAGAGAUGGCCUCCCCAGGCCAUUUCUCUACCUGAUUGGCUACGGCGUUCCAUUUGUGAUUGUGGGUGUUUCUGCACUGAUAUAUUCUGAUGGAUAUGGUGCUACUGAGGCUAAGGUGUGCUGGCUCUCUAGACAGCGCAAUUUCAGCUGGGCUUUAACAGGCCCUGUGAUUGUUAUCCUUGGACUUAAUUGGAUAUUGUUCUGUGCUACUCUAUGGAGUCUGAGACCCACCCUGGUCAACAUGAAAAGUGAUGUUUCUCAAUCAAAAGACACCAGGUUGAUUUUGUUCAAGAUCGUGGCCCAGUUUGUCAUACUGGGCUGUACCUGGAUUCUGGGCCUGUACCAGACAAACCUUUUCUUCCAGGUCCUCUUUAUAAUUCUUAACUCCCAGCAGGGCACGUUCCUCUACAUCGUCCACUGCCUGCUCAACAAGGAGGUUAGAGAAGAAUACGUGAAAUGGCUGACCUGUUCUUUCAAUAAGCCCAAAGAAGGAGGAUCUGUGAAAGAUGCACCGUCAGUCUCCGAGGACUGGGACAAGGCUGAAUAGCAGACAGGUUGAUGGUGAUGGAAUGAGUAUGACAAAAGAUACACGCAAGACAGAGAGGAGAAAUGCAAGCCUGAUCCACUUUGAACCAUUAGUUGUUAUGCAUUGGUGUUGUGGUUGGGGAUGACAAACCAUCAAAUGUAUAUGUGUAUGUUUGUGUCUAUGUGCUAUAUCUACUGUUAUUCCUUGUGUCCUUUUCGGCUAUGCAUGAUGUUCACUUGGAGACAACACAAAAAGCUUUUGACAAUAUCUGAAAUUAACAUGAUGUCAUCAUUACUGCAAUUAUUCUCCUCUUCCAAUGGAGGUUUUUCUGUUUA